AUGUCAGACAAGGAGCUCGUUGUUCCGGUGACUUUCGAGUCAUUGAAAUACUUUAUUGACUCGCAGUUGAAACUAGUUGAAAAGGCGAUACCGUUAAACGACAAUACCAAGCAGAAGCUAUGCGAUAGAUAUGGAGUGAGCAAAGCUGAAUUGAGUAAGGUGAUUCGGUCAUUGACUGCACAUUUAAAUAAGAAAUGCAAAGGUACGUUUUUUACACGUCAAUCCAAGGUAGAAAUUGUUAAACAAAUCAUUAAAUUAGAGAGUCGAUUGAACUUAAAAAAACGAGAGAGAUUACUAGAGGUUAAUGAGAUGUUAUUAGUGUUCAACCAUGAUAUGUUGCCAGACUUGGGGGGUAAUUUGAACAAUAAGAAAGUGGAGGUGAUCGUGUUGGAUGAUGAUGAUGGUACGAGCGAAAAUGGUGAUGAUGAUGAUGAUGAUGAUGAUGGCUUCGAUAUGAACAACAUCAACGUUAAUGGAGGAUUGACGAGUAUAAAGAAGGAAGAAAUACUCAACUUGGUAGGAGAAUUACCGGAUUCAGCAAGCAUUAAUACGGAGAACUUAGAGUUGCUAAAUGAGUAUGAUGAAGCACGAAGGAAGCUUAAGGCUGAUAUGAUGAAUUUGAAAGAAGCAAGAGAGAAACUUAAAGAGUAUAGGAAGGUGAAGCAAAGCAUCGAUUGUUUGACCGAUAUUCAAGGUAUUCAGGAGAAUUUGGCACUUAGUUCCAGUAAGAAUAUGACUGAAGAGGUUGCAGAGAUGCAAAUACUGGCGGAUAAAUUGGCACAGAAGCUCCAAAGUCCGGAGAGCUCUAUGAUAAAAGAAACAAUCAUGAGGAACUUGAAAUACAUUUAA